AUGCCAACUACCACAUCGUCCAACAGCAACCAGAUGCACCCGAUGCAGCACCCACUGCAAGCAACGGCCGCAGCAAUUGGAAGUGCCCUGCAGGGCGAGUCCCGCAGCAACCGCAUGUCGCACAUGGCGAGUGCAAACGAGGGACCCGCCGACAUUAUCGCUAAGGUGUCUGGCACUGUACAAGGCGGCAAGAGGGCUGAUGACGGCGCGUACUUCACUAACAAUGAGGGACAUCCUUUCCCUGACCCUGCGCAUAGCAAAACUAUCGGUGGUAUUCCGCUCGCUAGCGAUAUUUUCCUUUUCCAGAAGCAGCAAACAUUCAAUCGAUCCAAGAAUCUGGAGAGGAUGGUCCACCCAUGCGGCAGCGGUGCAUUCGGUUAUUUUGAGACAACCCAGGAUGUGAGCGACUUGACUAAAGCAAACUUUCUCCAGUCGGUUGGAGAGAAGACACCGGUAUUUGUCCGCUUUUCCACCGUCACACUCAGGCGCGAAUUCCCAGACGAAGCACGCAACCCGCGUGGCUUCGCCAUCAAAUUCUACACCCAAGAAGGCAACUACGACAUCGUAGGGCUCAACUGGCCCAUAUUCUUCUGCCGCGACCCCAUCCAAGGACCAGACGUAAUCCGCUCGCAAUGGCGGCGGCCAGACAACUUUCUUCUCGACUUCGACGCCACCUUCGACCUCCUUGCCAACACUCCCGAGGCCAACCACGCUGGUCUGAUGUUUUUCUCCGAUCAUGGCACCCCUGUUGGCUGGCGCUUUAACCACGGCUACGGCUGUCAUACGUUCAAGUGGGUUAAUAAGGACGGCGGCUUCGUCUACAUUAAAUACCACUUCAUCGCGAAGCACGGGCAGAAGCAGUUUACGGACGACGAGGCGACGCGCGUGUCGGGCCAGGAUCCAGACUACUCGAAGCGCGAUCUCUGGCAGGCAAUCGAAAAGGGGGAGAACAUCGAGUGGGCCGCCAAAAUCCAGAUUAUGAAGCCGGAGGAAGCCGACGCCGAGAAACUCGGCUUCGACCCAUUCGACGUGACGAAAGUAUGGCCGCGCAACCGCUUCCCGAUGCGCGAGUUCGGGCGCCUCGUCCUGAACAAGAACCCGGAGAACUUCCACCGCGACGUCGAGCAAGCGGCCUUCUCGCCCGGCAGCAUGGUACCGGGCAUCGAAGACUCGCCGGACCCGCUCCUCCAGUUCCGCAUGUUCUUCUACCGCGACGCGCAGUACCACCGCAUCGGCGUGAACCUGCACCAGAUCCCCGUCAACUGCCCGUUCAUGGCGGGGUCGUUUUCGCCGCUCAACUUUGACGGCCAGAUGCGCGUCGAUGCUAACCAUGCUGGCAACAAGCAGUACGUGCCCAACAGCAACGCGCACAAGUUCCGCCCGGAUGCUGCCGAGGCGCCGAACGCCGUCAGUGACAACAUUGUCAGCCGCAAGAGCCACUAUUUCCACGAGGGGAAGAGCAGCGAGUAUGACCAGGCGAGGGAGCUGUGGAGUCGAGUCAUGGACGAGGGAGCGCGGCAGAACACGAUUGCCAACACAGCGCGGCUGCUGGCGCGGGUGACGAGCCCGCUGGUCCAGAAGAAAUACCUAGCCCAAGUGCACAACAUCUCGCCGCAGUACUCGCGCGGCAUCUUCGACAAGCUGCCCAAGGCCGGCUUCGAGUUUGCGGAGGUUGAGCAGCUCGCGCCCUCGGCGUGUGAGUGGUAUAAGGAGCUGAAGUUCCGGCCUGGGCCGGGGGAGAGGCUUGUUGGCUUUGCGCCGGGUGCGAGUAUUUAUGGUGGUGGGGGCGGGUAUGCUAGUGCUGGGGGUUAG